AUGAAAGAAAAAUAUUUUGAUGAUUGUGAAAAAUUUUGUGAAUCUGAUUUAGAAAAUUAUGAACUUGAUAAAGAAGAUGCCGAAGAAAUAAGCCUUGAUUUGCAGAAGUGUUUCAAUCUUUCAUCUCUAAGGCUUUUGCUUGAUAUUGAAGCACUGAUUCAAAGAUAAGUUGGAUAUUACAUAAGCUCUGGUUUCAAGAAUAUUAAAAAUCUGCAAAAUGUAGAAAUAUAAGUAAUAGGAGUAAUUCCAGAUGACACCAUUAUUGAGCCUGGAUUAAGCGUUUUUUUAGAAAAUUGUUCUCAUCUUUCAAGACUUAAAAUAGAUGCAAAAAAGGGAAGAUUUGGUUAAGAAAGUGCUUUUGAUUUUUUUUCUGGCCUAGGAAAAUGUGUAAAUCUAUAGGUUUUAGAAAUCCAUCUUGAUUAAGGUGAUAAACUUGCUGAUAAAGGAUGCUAAAAACUAUCCUUGGCUAUAGAAAAUAUGUAAAAUCUUACAUCUUUAUAACUAUGUUUGAGUAAUAAUUAAGUUGGCGAUGAAGGAUGCUCAAGAAUAGCCUAAGCAAUACAAAAUUUAUAAAAUCUUAAAUCAUUAGAAUUUAAUUUGAGUCUUAACGAAAUUGGUAAUGAAGGGUGUACAAAAUUAGGCUAAGCAAUAGGAAAAUGUCAAAAUCUUACAUCUUUGAAUUUGGAUUUAUGUAAAAAUUAAAUCGAAGAAAAAGGAGCAUAAGAUUUAGGAAGUGCUUUAUCUCAAUGCGCAAAUGUUUCCAAACUAAAACUAAUUUUUGAGUGUUCAAAAUUUAGGAAUAACUAUUAAGAAUCUUACUAAUUUGUAAAGUUUGGAACUUGA